CGCUGCGUGCGGCUUGACGCAGCUGCCGAGCCGUCGCUCCCUGAGCAGAGACGGGGAGGGGACGGGGCUGAGGCUGAGGCUGCUGACCGGGCUGUGACAGGGGGAUCGAACCUGCAGCCUCCGGCUCCUCGGGAUGCUCUGAUGGAGUGAACCGGCCUCAGAGAUGCGCCUUCGUCUCCGCUCUCCGUCGACCAUGGACCCGGUUCUUCUUCUCUUCUCGUCUCAGUGAAGCCCAGGGGUCAGAGGUCGACCACCGAACCUGCACUUCUCCCUCUAUCCCCUGCACCCCCCCCCACUGAACCCUCAGCCUCUGUCACCCAACACAGUUUCCCCCAAAUCACUUCCCUCCCAUAUUCCUCCUCUCAUUUUGCUCUCCCAUCAUCUCCCAGCACCCGCUUCUCGCUGCCAGCCUCAGCCAAUCAGCCUCAGCUGAAAGAUCCUUAAUUAAAAACAGUGACUGUUGAGUAUUUCAUGAGGAGAGCCGGCCAGUCCUCCACCAGACACUGCGUUCGAGUGUCCUAGUCGUUCAUCUUCUCAUAAAACGCCUCUCACAUCAAGGCCUCAAGAUGAUGUGCGAGGUGAUGCCCACCAUCUCUGAGGAUGGGCGCAGCGGGGGAGGAACCGGCUCUUCGCCCCCGGCCAGCAGUGGAGGAGGAAUAGGAGGCAUAGGUGGAUACGGCAGCCGGGAACCCCGCAGCGGAGGAAGUGGCAGUGGAGGAGGAGGGGGCGGCACCGAUGAAGGUGGAAGCACGGGCAACCUGGAGUCGCUGAUGGUGAACAUGCUGACAGAAAGGGAGAGGCUGCUGGAGAGCCUGAGGGAUACACAGGACUGUCUGGGGACGGCCCACCUACGUCUGCGGGAGCUGGGCCACGAGAAGGAGUCGCUCCAGAGGCAGCUGUCCAUCGCCCUGCCGCAGGAGUUUGCAGUGCUGACUAAAGAGCUGAACCUCUGCCGGGAGCAGCUGCUGGAGAGAGAGGAGGAAAUCUCCGAGCUGAAGGCAGAGCGCAACAACACACGGCUGCUGCUGGAACAUCUGGAGUGCCUGGUGUCCCGUCACGAGCGCAGCCUGAGGAUGACCGUGGUGAAGCGGCAGGCGCAGUCCCCGGCGGGGGUGUCGAGCGAGGUGGAGGUCCUAAAAGCCCUAAAGUCUCUGUUUGAGCACCACAAAGCUCUGGAUGAGAAGGUGCGGGAAAGACUACGGGUGGCCUUGGAGCGAGUGGCCUCCCUGGAAGAGGAGCUGCAGUCCUCCUCUCAAGAGGUUGUGUCAUUAAGGGACCAAAUCAAGCGACGGCAGCAAGGACUAGAGAAUGGCAAAGAGCGGCUUCCCAACGGACCUUCCUCCAUCUUGGAUGACGGGGAAGUUGACAGGCAGAGAGAGAGCGAGAUCGAGCGGCAGAGGUCAGAGCUGGGACAGCUGAAAGAGAGACUGGCCCUCAUGUGCAGACAGGUCGGCGAGAUCGAGGAGCAGCUGACGUCGGCCAGGAGGGAGCUGGCCCGAUCGGAGGAGGCCAACCAGAAACUACAGAGGGACGUGAAAGAGGCACUUUGUCAAAGGGAAGACAUGGAGGAGAGAAUCACCACAUUAGAACGCAGGUACCUGAGCGCCCAGAGGGAGGCAACGUCUCUCCACGACACAAAAGAUAAACUAGAGAACGAGUUGGCCAGCAAAGAGUCUCUCCACAGACAGAGCGAAGAGAAGAACCGGCAGCUUCAGGAGCGUCUAGACGAUGCCAAACAGAAGCUACAACAAACUCUGCAGAGGGCCGAGACGCUGCCGGAGAUCGAGGCCCAGCUCGCCCAGAGAGUGGCAGCACUCAACAAGGCGGAGGAGCGUCAUGGCAACUUUGAGGAGCGACUGCGACAGAUGGAGGCGCAACUGGAGGAGAAGAACCAGGAGCUACAGAGAGCGAGGCAGAGGGAGAGAAUGAACGAUGAACACAACAAGCGCCUCUCCGACACGGUGGACAAGCUGCUGUCUGAGUCCAAUGAGAGGCUGCAACUCCAUCUGAAGGAGAGGAUGGCCGCACUGGAAGAAAAGAAUGCUCUGUCUGAGGAACUGUCUAACAUGAAGAAACUCCAGGAUGAUCUCAUAGCAAACAAGGACCAACUGAUUGCGGAGCUGGAAAGGCUUCAGCUGGAGUUAGAUCAGCUAAGAGCCAGACCUGGGGGCUCUUAUUCCAGUCGCUCACUGCCAGGUAGCGCUCUGGAGUUGCGGUAUUCUCAUGGAGGCGGGUCCCUCCCCACAGGUUCCACCACUCAUCUGGAUACCUUCUGUAACGCCUCCGCCGGGGGCGUGGUCAGGCGAAGUCACCGUGCCCGUUGGAGCUCUGCCCGAGAGGACUCGACCAAGUACCCCGAUUGGGAGAGUGGUGCUCUUCUUGGGACUGGGUAUGAUCCAGGCGUGGACGUGGGCUGCUCCGACGAUGAGGACGACGGGGAUCAUCGUUUUGGCUCCGAGCUGCUGUCCCCUAGUGGACAGACAGACGUCCAGACCCUGGCCAUCAUGCUGCAGGAACAGCUGGAGGCCAUCAAUAAGGAGAUCAAACUCAUUCAGGAGGAGAAGGAGAACACGGAGUUGCGGGCCGAGGAGAUUGAGAGCCGGGUCAGCGUGGCGUUGGACAGUCCCCCCAUGCCUCCGACCUCCCUGGGCAGAGACAGCACAGGACGGGGUUUCAUCCCCUCGUCCAUUACAUCCUCCACCCUGGCCUCCCCCUCUCCCCCCAGCUCUGGACACUCCACCCCUCGCCUGCCGCACUCCCCCGCCCGGGAGACUGAUCGACAGAACAACAAAGACGAUGAUCGGUCCCUCGCACUUCUUGACUCUACACCUCCUCCGACUCCUCGUGCGCUGCGAUUGGACAGGAUGGCUCUCACCCACCCAGGCGCGAUGCUCGACGACCCCCGGGACUUUCGCAGUCUCUCGGCAGAUGGUAGCAGCUCCAACAGCAGCCAAGAUUCUCUCCACAAGUCCAGUAAGAAGAAAAGCAUCAAGUCUUCCAUCGGUCGCCUUUUUGGAAAGAAGGAGAAGGGGAGGAUGGGCCAGCCCGGGCGGGAUGGAUCUGCUUCUCUUGCAUCUACACCCUCUGAAGAACUGGCCUCUGGAGACCCGAUGGGGAUCAACAAGACAGGGACUCUGGGUCCGGCAGAUAAAGACCGCCGCAGCAAGAAGAAGCAUGAGCUACUAGAAGAAGCAUGUCGCCAAGGACUUCCCUUUGCAUCUUGGGAUGGCCCGACUGUUGUAUCUUGGUUGGAGCUGUGGGUGGGGAUGCCAGCCUGGUACGUCGCAGCCUGUCGCUCAAAUGUUAAGAGCGGGGCCAUCAUGGCCAACUUGUCCGACACAGAGAUCCAGAGGGAGAUCGGCAUCAGUAACCCACUUCACCGCCUCAAACUGAGGCUGGCCAUCCAGGAGAUGGUGUCCCUCACCAGCCCGUCAGCGCCGGCCAGCACUCGCUCUUCGACCAGUAAUGUGUGGAUGACCCACGCAGAGAUGGAGACUCUGAACGCUGCCACCAAACCUCCGGAGCUGAAAGAGUUCAGCUGGGAUCAGAUACUGGCCUAUGGUGAUAUGAAUCACGAGUGGGUGGGCAACGACUGGCUGCCCAGCCUGGGCCUGCCACAGUAUCGCAGCUAUUUCAUGGAGUCCCUGGUGGAUGCACGCAUGUUGGACCACCUGACCAAGAAGGAACUGAGAGGACAGCUGAAAAUGGUGGACAGCUUUCACAGGGUCAGUUUGCAUUACGGCAUCAUGUGCCUGAAGCGUCUGAAUUACGAUCGCAAAGAGCUGGAGAGGAGGAGAGAAGAGAGCGCCCACCAGAACAAAGAUGUGAUGGUGUGGUCCAACGAGCGAGUGAUGUGCUGGGUCCAGACGAUCGGUCUGAAGGAGUACGCCGACAACCUCCGUGAGAGUGGCGUCCACGGGGCUCUGCUGGCUUUAGACGACACCUUUGACUACACUGACCUGGCGUUGCUGCUGCAGUGCCCCAAUCAGAACAUACAGGCCAGACAGCUCCUGGAGCAAGAGUACAACUCUCUCAUCUCCAUGGGAACUGAGAGACGACCCGAUGAGGAUGGAAAUAAGACGUUCAGCCGCUCGCCCUCCUGGAGGAAGAUGUUUAGGGAGAAAGAUCUCCGGGGCGUGACCUCUGACUCUGCCGAGACCCUGCCUGCUAACUUCCGUGCCUCAGCCAUCUCCACUCCCUCUGUUACCCUGAGAAAGGUUCAGAGUGAUGCCAGCUCUGGUGCCCGGGGUGAAUCUGCCUCAGUGAGGACAUAUUCCUGUUGAGGGGAUGAGGGCACUGACUGGAUUGGGACUAGAGGACCCUCUCGCUCGUCCACGGAGAAAGAAGCAAUGAAUAUACCAUUUAACUUUAAAAUAAAUCUUCUCGGUCUGACCAUUCUGCAAUAACAGAAGCAAAGGAAUAAAUGGGAAAAUGACAUGAAGAAUGUAUGAAUGUAUUUUCCAACCAGACUUGGAAGGUUGAAUGGGAUCAGCUGUUUUCUCUCUCUGUCUCUCUCUUCCUGUCGUUCUGUCUUUGCUCUCGCUGUCUCUCUCUCUCUCUCUCUCUCUCUCUCUCUCUCUCUCUCUCUCUCUCUCUCUCUCUCUCUCUCUCUCUCUCUUUGACUGUGCUGCGGAGUUGAUAAAGGGAGACGACGGCGUUGGUUAGGUGUGUUCCCGUCAUGCAGGUUUCCCUCUCUUUCAUUCCUGUCUGCGUCUGCACAUCGUCAGCAGAGUUGGCAAUAUCAGGGCUUAUUCUCCUUCCUUCAGAGGGAAAUCACUUGCUGCCAUUUAUUCUCCUACAGUAUGAAUACAACUAAACAUGUCGCCUUACAACUUCUGCUCAACAACAGGUGUUUGUAUUGAGAGUUGCGAGUCACCGUAAAGUUUGGAUUUUUAAAAACAAGAGGAAGGACAAGACUGUUAAAUCAUUUGGGGGGGGGAAAUGGGUGGACAGACGUGUAACAACUUUAAACAACGCCGACGUUCCCCUUUCUACUCCUGAGGCGACUGGUGUCUAGUGUCGGCCAUGGUGGCUCUAUUGUUGGCUUCUAUGGACCCUGUCGGGGUGAGUAAGUGUCCCCAAUUGGCUGGAGCGAUGUAGUAAAACAUGUUGGAAUUCAGACCACUGUUAAGUUCUGACCACAUCAGAGGGAGCCUCCUCGAGCUUCGUCUAUUGGCACCUUGAAAACUGAUAGGCUGAGUCAUUUCUUUUGAAGAGAGCCUUUUAUAAAGAUCAAAGGCUCCGAGGUGGAUGGGACGGGGCGGAGUGAGGUCACAGAGACAUUGUGUUCUUUGUUUUUACGAUGCUGAUGGCAGGUAAUGCUUAAAGUUAGUGUUGGUGCCACUUUAUGAAAAGCAGAUCUUUACAAGGGGUUUGUUCUUUUCAAAGUUUCAUCAGUGUUAAAGCGGCACAAUGCUCAGCCUGUGUGAACAGUCGUAUAACGUCGCCUGUGGUGCUGGAGGUCGUACGCCUCACGAUGUGACAGUAGCAUCAUCUGGGUGAACUCGCCAUUGUCUUGAUACUUAAAAUCUUCAACAGAAAUCCUGCUUUACAUAUGAGAGGCGUGGGGUUAGAAAUGGAUGCACAUUUGGAAAUGUAGGAUUCAGGGUUUUGGGAGUGUGGCCCAUACUUGAGAGUAAAAAGAUAUAUCUGCUUCUGCUUUAAAGACACACAUUUUCUGAGCAAAAUGAAUUGUCUAAGAGCCUGUUUACAGUAAUGUAUAUCAUAUACUAAUGCUUUACAGAUAGAUAUAAAAAGCGACUGGGUUUUGCGUUGCCAGGUUAUGAAAUGACUGAAUAAAAAUGUGUCAGUUUUAAUACCGAAUUUGUAAAAAUAAUUUCUAACUGGACACUUUGUGGCUUAGUAGGAAGUGCGUCAUUUAAAAAGUGUCUCUGCGGAUGGCAGUGUCCUCAACAACCUCAACAGCUAUCUGAUGGAUUUCUUUGAAAUGGAAAUGGUCGACACAUUCAUGGUCCCCUGAGGAUGAUUUGUAAAAAGCUGUGGUGACCACUGACCUUUCUUCUGGACCCAUCACAGGGUCAGAUUUUCUGACUGUGCUAUUAACAUUAACAUUUUAUAAUGCUAAAAUAAACAAGCAUACAAGUUAGCACCAAUAUGCUUAAAUACAGCCUUACAAAGACACAGGCAUGGCCACAAAUUCCUUCUUACUGAGCUAAAGAAAACAGUAAAUUUCACAACCUGGCAACCCAGAAGUAUCACUGAACUAUAAAUAUUAUGGUUUUAACAUACAAAAUCCAAUUAUUUAAAGACUAAAAAAACCUUUUGAAGUGCGCCUUUCUGUAAAGUGGCACCCAAGUUAUAAAUAUAUUAAGAAAGUCUCGUCUUUGAAGCCAAACUCUAACGCCUCAGUCGCCCUCCACAAUGUCAUUCUGCUGUUUAUGACCUGUAAUCAUCAGCUCAGGGUCCCGGCUAAUCCUGAUGAUGGGAGAGCGACAGAAAGACAAAACAGCGACCCAAAGGGAGGAGGAAAAAAAAACAGGAUGGACAGAAGUUGGUCAUUUUACUGCACACACAAGCCAUAACAGAAACCAAGAGCACGCCAGGGUUUGGGAGAUCAGAGGGAGGCAGGAAGAGAGGGGCGAGCCGGAGGAAGCCCAGGAAACAAAACCUUUAGCCUCUGUGUUUACGAUGCAUGUCAAACAAACGACAAUGACCUAAAAACAUUGUUUUUGGUGGUGAAGAUGAUAAUGAGGUGUCGUUAAAUAAAAAAAAUAUAUAUCUGUAUGAUAAACCUACAGGGGAGGGAGCCUGGGGAUCAAUUUGUAAAAUGUGUGUAUUUUUUUCAGUUGUAUUUUUUAUUUUUUACGAUAACUAUUUAUUUUCUUUAGGUAUGUAUUGGAUAAAUGUAUGUACACGUUCUGUUCCCCUCUCGACUUCAUUUGAACUAGUUUUAAAAGUCAAUAUGAAAACAUUGAAAAUGGUCAUUCAAAUAUGCUACUGUAUGUGUACAUUUUGAGAACCAAUUGUGCAAUGAUUUAACAGAUUUCCAUGAUUAAAGUGAUAGUAAUACAAAUUGAAAAUAUCAUCUGGAAAAUAAACAAUGAAGAUGAUCAUGAAAAUGGUGAUGUAAAAGAAAAAAAAAAUAAAGUGGUCCAGGUGGAUCUGCUUAUCAUCACAAA